AUGGUGCGGUGGGGAAAGUUGUUCCAAUGGAACGAACAAGACCGCCGGCACCUCCACGAUGAAUUCCAAGCCCUCCUCCCCACUCACAAUCGCGAAGACCUGAUCGCUUCCGCAAUCCCCCCGAAACAAGUCACCUACAUAGCCUUGCGACUCAAAUACCUGCUCGAAGAAGUCGUCCCCUGCGAGCUGCCUGAGGAAGCCGUCACGAAGCCUCACAGCAAUGUCAUCACCGACGGCGUGGUCAAGACGGCCAAGUCUGCCGGCCAAGUCAGCGGCAUGAGCGAGGACUACGGCGCGUGUGUGGUAUAUUGCCUGCUGAUUGUUAAGAGCUGGUUUCGCCGCCAGGCCCAAUUGGAGCUGUGGGAUGCCGACCUGCAUGACCUUCGUGCCACUGCUUGCGAGAAGCUUGCUAAGAUGAUCAUCGAGGAAGAGGAGGACAUCAAUUACCUUAUGCAGGAGGUGCUGCUGAAGCGCUACAGCAUUGUCGUGGAUGGCGAAGAUACCAAGCCGUCCAAUGCUAUAGAAAAGGCCGUCGACAUUCAUGCUGUGCGUGUCAUUGGCAGCAGCGGCUACCAAAAGUGCAUCAAUUACCUCUGGCGUGGCUGGCUCGUUCAAGACGACGACGACCCGUCUCGCUUUGUAGACUACAAGCUCAAGACUUCGACCAACUACUGGGACCAUUUCGAUCCCGAUCGCAUGCGUGUCCCUCAAUACCAAAACCUCGUCCAGAUCCUCAUCUCGCUCAUCUACCUCGGACUAUACACGGGUGCGAUCAACACCAUCAACCCCACGGGUGACCUUGACCCCGUGGAAGGGCUCUUGUACAUCUUCACCCUCGGGUUCAUCUGCGACGAGGCCGGCAAGUUCUGGAAGGUCGGUCGCUACUACCUCGGCUUCUGGAACAUCUUCAACUCCACCCUCUACGCGCUCUUGACCGUCUCCUUUGUCACUAGGAUGAUCGCUCUGACCUACGACAUCGACAGCGACUACCGAUUCGGCAUGAACAAAUUGUCAUACAACUUCCUGGCAUUCGUUGGGCCCAUGUUCUGGAUGCGCCUCCUUCUCUACCUCGACAGCUUCAGGUUCUUUGGUGCCAUGCUCGUCGUUCUUAAAGUGAUGAUGAAGGAAUCGCUCAUCUUCUUCGCGCUCUUGAUCGUCAUCUUCAUUGGCUUCGUUCAAGGCUUCGUCGGCAUGGACAACAACGAAGACUUCCAGCUCAACGACUUGAGCUUUAUCUUACGUAUGAUGUUCAACGCCGUGCUCGGCGAUCCCAACUUCGACGGCUGGGAUGACUUCGCCGCACCGUUUGGCCUCAUCCUCUACUACAUCUACAACUUCAUCAUCGUUGUCAUCCUGCUGAACGUGCUGAUUGCACUCUUCAACAGCGCCUACGAGGACAUCACCUCCAACGCCAUCGACGAGUACCUCGCCCUCUUCAGCCAGAAGACGAUGCAAUUCGUGCGCGCGCCAGAUGAGAACGUCUUCAUUGCCCCAUUCAACUUGAUUGAGAUUUUCGGCCUCGUCAUCCCGCUGGAAUGGUGGAUGCCGAAAGCGCAGUACGAGCGCUUGAACGACUACAUCAUGGGCUUCGUCUAUUCGCCCUUGCUGGUCGUCACGUCCUUUCUGGAAGUCAGGACGGCGCGAAAGGUGCGGUGGAAUCGCAGCCGCAAUGAAGCGGAUGAAGACACGGUGGAGGAGUGGGAGCAGCUGUGGGGCGACAUGGACUUUGAGAGUACCGGCUGGGCGAAGCGGGUGGGCGAUACGAAGCCGAAUGUGAUUGUCGAUGGGACGUUGUUGGAGGUCCGGGAGCUGAGGAAAGAGAUCAAGGAGUUGAUGGAUAUGGUGGAGAGGCUGAAGGGCUCGUGA